ACAGCAGUUUUCACCUAGCAAAGUAUAUGAUUCAAAUAAAUUGGGCUUUCCUUCACAACUGGCCUCAGCUCAUUGUUUGACCAAUAGGCAGAUUCUUCCCCAAUACACACCUUUCAAAACCUCACAGUCUUGUCAAGUGGAGAGAACCUGGUUCUCCAAGCAGGGGACCUCUGCUACAAUUCAAGGCAUGCAUGUGCAAGCCACAAGUGCCACCUCUCAAGCUCCUGCAAUCCCCAGCAGUCAGCAGUAGAGAAGUUUGGACACAUCUGCAGCUAUAUAUAUUGUUUGAAGAACAAAAGAAGACAAGCAGGGUUUUGUUUUGCAUUUCUUCUGUUGACAAUGGAGGAGGAACCAGAAAGAAGCCUGCAACACACUGCCAAACAUGUACCAGUGCAGUGCCAAAAGAGCCUACAUAUGCCCUCUGCCCCACUCCAGCUUUCAACAGUAGUGGACUACCCUAUGCAUCACAUAGCAUACAAAGGAGUACCGGAGGCAGUGAGCGCAGUGAGUGGGUCUUAAUUGCUGAAGAGCUUCAUAGAAAUGAGGGAGGGUGGUUCGGCUUCGAACUUGGCGGUCGUUGAGAGGAAGGAGACGCGGAGGAAACCUGGGGGAUGCAUCGGCGUCUUCUUCCAGCUGUUUGACUGGAAGAAGAAGAAGCAGUUCCCCAAGAAACUGUUCCCUCCUGUCACUGCUGCAAAGCGGGUGUUGAGGAGGAUUGGUGGGCAUGAGAAGCUGACUGUGGCCAAGCACUUGCUGGUUCCACAAGAGAAUAGUGGAGGCAUUGCGGCGGUGAAGAGAGCGGAGACUGGCAGAUCAUGUUCUUCUCAAGAUAGUCUAGCUACAGGAAUGUGUACUCCCGGCUUGGUGGCCAGGUUGAUGGGUCUCGAGUCCAUGCCCGCUGCUCACCAUGACAACACAAGACAUGCUUUGACUUCGGAUUUCGACGACGUCCAGUGUCUGAAAGUUGGUUCAAGGCCUCAGAAGUUGCCGAAGACAGGGAGAUUCUUGAAGAACCGGCGGGCUACCGGAAACGCCAGCCGGAUCGGUUCAGACGCUUUGCAGCUCAACAUGAGCUUGGAGCAGCAGCGCAAGCUCGCUCUGCUGUUGAAGAGCCAAAGGACGCCCUCGAAGAGGAAGAAAGCCCGGCUUGUGGAGGUUGCUACCAAGAUCUUGGAACCGGGUUUGCAGUCCAGGAACCGGUUGAAAUUUGGCAUCACCGGUGUGGGCAUUUCGUCGAACAUUGCAGAAGGUUCUGACGCUCCCUUCCUGUCAAAGAAACCUGAUGAACCCUUGUGCUAUGAUUUCCUCCUCGGCUCCUGCACGAGCUGUGGCAACUUGGUGGAAGUGGUCGACUUGAGGUCAACUGACAAUGCUGCACAAGGACUUGAUCAUGGACAUGGUGCUUUGGACUCCGACUAUGGAUCAGCAUCAUCAUUACCAUCAUCAUCUUGUGAUACAGCUGUGCUGGGAAGUGAGAAAAGAGUAAGAACACUUCCAAUUCGAGGGGAAGAUAUUAAGAGGAGUUCUUCACUGAUUACUGCAAAAGGUCAGAGCAGAGCAACACAUUUGGCUCUUGAAGCUAAGACUAAUAGUGUUCACAGCAGGGAUAGGAAAUGCAGUGUAAGAAAUGAACAGGAUAUGUGCAGGAUGCAUGAGAGUAUUGCUCCCAAGCAGAACAAUUGGAGGCUGAGUCAGUCAACAUUGUCAAAUGAAAAUUUGGUCUCAGGGUCUAGGCAGCAUAGUCGGCAGUGCAACACAAGAGGCUCGAAUGCGGUGAUUGGGACGAAAAAGUUUGCUGCUGCCAACAAAAGCUUCGAGAGUCGGACGCUUGCAAAUUGCAGAACUAGAGCAUCAAAGAAAAAUGUAAUGAAGCUGGGAAAAUGUGAUCUUGAUCAGGAUAACAUGGUUCCUAAAGGAAGACCUAUGAGUAAUGGAGCCUUCAUGAAGCAAAGAAAUCUUAAAAAAGAGUUGGUGAAGUCCAAAAUUUCAGGAUCGAUUGGUAACCACCUUAGAAAUCGGACUAGCAUUAGAAGUGAUUCACAAGAAGAUGCGAAAGCUGGUGGUCGCAGUAGAAAAACGAAUAGUACAAGUCCUUCGAUGCUUAAUUCACGAACACGGCAAGUAUCAGGGUCUACAUCCCAUCAAAAUAAGGUUGAGAGGAGCAAGGCCUUCAAUGAGCUCACUGGUUGCACUUCUCCAAAGGAACUUGUAUUAAGUCAAGAGAGUGAAAAAUUGUCUUCACAAAAUGAAAUAGAAGAAGAUGCAUUGUUUGCUUAUCUUGAAGAUAAAAUAACAGAUCUGUCCUGUUUGGAUGAGAACAACUUGCAGGCAGAUCAUUAUUUUCCAGGAAUAUCUUCUCUUUCAAUUCUAGAAAGGAUGAUAUCUACACUACUGAAUAGAGGGUCCUCAUCUCCAAAGAAUACUGAUAGAGUGAAAAAUAACUUACAUUUAUCUUGCAUCGAUUCUUCUGACGAUGCCAUCUUUGAUGGACAAAGAGCAAAAACAACUGAAAAAGUUCAGGUAGGUGUAAAAUCCAGAACAAGUGCUGUAUGUUCAACUAGCUGUGACGAUCAUCCCAACCUUAUGACAGCACUUGAAGUUUCUCUCCCCACUGACGGUUGCUUCUGCUGGGAUCUCAGUUGUACAUCAGGAUGCAAACCUAACUACGAAUCCUCAGAGAGAUUCUGCAACAAAACACAAGAAAGAGAGCAAGAAAACAAUGACUCUUCACUAACACUGCUUCUCUUGGAGGGGAAUCCACUAAGACUACUACUCUUGGACUGCAUGAUGGAGUGUCUGGAUUCAUUAUACAGCUGCUUCUACUAUACUGGUUGCAAUUCCUGGUUUAGGUCUCAAAUGUUUCUAAGCAAGAACAGGUUGGCAAAGUCGAUCGAAGAGGAGAUCAUAAGGUGGCAUCAUAUGGCCGGCAAGAGCCUGACUGAGCUUAUCGAGCAGGACGUGCAACAUCCGAGCUCAGAUUGGCCAUCAUCCAAGCUCGGAGGAUCAGCCGAGGUAAGUGAAGAAAUCGAAGAAGACUUACUAGAGUUAAUGAUAGAUGAAUUGGUCAUAGAUUUUUGCCAAUACUGAAUACAGUCAGAAUCCGAUCACGUUCCAAAUCAUCAUGUAUUAUCGGAUGAUGAUGCAUGCCGAUGCGGCCAACAUGCUGUAUGUACGAUAUCACGGAAAAAAUAAUCUCAUUUACCUAGAAAAAAGAUGAUCAGAUGUUUGCUAUGUCAAUUCUAAUAAAAGUUGAAGCAGGUCCUCUUUCUGGUGC